CGCGGCGCGCCCGGGCUCGGGCAUGGCCGCGGGGCCAUGACGGGCGCGGCGGCGGGCGGCGGCGGCCCCAGGAGCACCCGCCGUGCGGCGGUCGGCAAGGCGGGGGGCCGGUCGCGGAGCGCCCAGCCGCGGGCGGCGGCGGCGGCGGCGGGAGCGGCGGCGGCUCGGAGGAGGAGGAGCAGCGGGACGGCGGGUCGCUCUUCCUGGUGAACAAGAGCGGCUUCCCCCUGGACGGGCAGACCUGGGAGCGGAUGUGGGGGCACGUGGAGCGGGUGCACCCCGACGGCGGCGCCGUGGCGGCGGCCAUCCGGAGCGCCGCCCGCCUGGCUCGGCCCUCAGUGCCACCAGUGCCAAACUACAAGCUCUCCAUGUCAAUCCCCGAAUGGCUCCAGGCAAUACAGACCUACAUGAAGAUGCUGCAAUACAAUCACACAGGAACACAGUUCUUCGAGAUUAGAAAAACCAGACCUCUAAGUGGGUUAAUGGAGACAGCAAAAGAAAUGACCAGAGAGUCCUUACCUAUCAAAUGCCUUGAAGCAGUUAUCCUGGGGAUAUACUUAACGAACGGGCAGCCCUCUGUGGAACGAUUCCCCAUCAGCUUUAAAACCCACUUCUCAGGGAACUAUUUUCAUCAUGUGGUGCUCGGGAUUUACUGCAACGGCCGGUACGGCUCGCUGGGCAUGAGCAGACGAUCAGAUCUGAUGGACAAACCUCUAACUUACCGAACUCUGAGUGACCUCAUCUUUGAAUUUGAAGACUCCUAUAAAAAGUACUUGCAUUCAGUCAAAAAAGUAAAAAUCGGAUUAUACGUCCCACAUGAGCCGCACAGCUUUCAGCCCAUCGAGUGGAAACAGCUGGUCCUCAAUGUAUCCAAAAUGAUGCGCACAGAAGUCAGGAAGGAGCUGGAGAAGUUUGCCAGGGAUAUGAGGAUGAAGAUUCUGAAACCCUCAAGUGCCCAUUCUCCGAUGAAAGAGAGAUCACGGGGUAAGUCAUUGUCCCCUCGCCGAAGGCAAGCCAGCCCUCAGAGACGGGCAUGCAGAAGAGACAAAUCGCCUGCGGUGGUGGACAAGAAAGGAGACCUGGCUACGCUCAACGAGGUAGGCUACCAGCUCCGCAUCUAACAAAGCCAUACGCCGGACAGAGGGCUUCCUGGUGCUUCCUGCUGCACUUUACCCGCACUCCAUUGGAAGGAAAAAGGAAUGGGACUAUUUAUUAACUUGUGGACUCUUACAAUAAAAGUUUACCUAGAAAAUAGAACGGGGGAAACUUUUUUUUUGGUGGCAGUAUUUAUUUUAUUUCAAUUUAUAGAAAAGGCAUCGGUGGAGAGAACCUAAAAUAAGGUUUGCCAGGAUAUGAGAUUUUUCUUCCCUCCAUCAUGUAGCAGGUGACUCCAGUGGUGUGAGUUUCUUCAAAUAUAAUUUCCCUGUACAAGUAUUAAUUGAAUUUGGGCAUUGUGCUGGGUAGUAGCAUUUGGAUGACUAAGAAAUCAUAUUCUUAGUGUUAAGAUGUGCUGGGGUGCAGUGCAGUUAAAAAAAAAUCAUUCAGUAUUAAUAUUUAAUUCAGCAAUAAAAACAAGCAGUGCAGAAGUGGUGUGAGUUUUUAAAGUAUGAACAUUACCUCACUAAACUUAACAGAUAUGCAAAACUGUCAGUAUUAUUGUUUUGUAACUAAUUUGUACUGUCUCCCAGCACUUCUGGUAGUAUUAAAACAGCACUGGAUGUUUUACUGCCACCUGUAUUACUAUUUUGUGCAUGUUGCUGAAAGAUGUUAAGUAAUAGUAAUAUGCAAGUGUAUUCUUGAACACUGACAUCUUAUUAGGCAAAAUAUGAGGUUUGGGUUUUUUUUAAAAUGAUAAUUGAUGAAUAAUGAAUUUUUAAACUUUCAUAAUUUUUUUUAUACUUUGUCACAAGCUUUUAGUCUUUCCGGACUACACUGCUGAAGCACAAAACGUAGAGAUUGCUGUUUUGUAGAGACAAGUGUUCACCUACUAGUCAGUUUGUUUCUUGUAUGUGUUCCUGGAAUAAUGGAAAAAAAUGUCAGAAUUGCUAACCUGAGUCUAUAUGCUUUUCUUUCAACAUUUGUGAGUAACUUUGAACCUUGUCUUUGAAGGGCUGAGCAGUCUCAGAUGGUGAUGCCUUGACAUCUUAUAUUAAGAUCAGACAUCGCAGGCUGAAGGUAACCUUCUGCCAUGCUGCUGUAGGGAGUUUUCCCUGUAUGUGUUGUAGUAGCAACAGCUUAGUCAGACCUGAAUAAGGAAGCUUGUAUUGGAACAACUUCAGCAAUAAAUGAAAUUGUACAUCUGAAAUAGCUGAAAAUCAAGCUUGUCUGCUUCCUCCCUACUCUGUCCUUUUGUUCUAAGACUUAGCUAAGAACCUCUGAUGGAUGGCAGCGUUCUCAAGUGAUGUUCUAAGACUUUCAUUGAGGUCUGCCAUUUGCAUUAGUGAAGUUCUCUGGAAGCAUUCAGAAGUGCUGCAUUCCUGAAAAUAUUUCAUUAGGUGCCUAAAUAGAAACUGGAUUAUUGUACAAGUCCAGCCUUUACCCUUUGUGCUGUGCUUAUAAAUGAUACUGCCAUGGGCCUUGUGUACCUCCCCUCCUGGGCACUUACUUUUUUGGGAUCUCGAUGAAGACAGGACACUGUAACACAGUGAUGAUAAUGCUUACUCAAAUUGAAUGAUUUAAGCUCCUAGAACACUUGUAUCAGCCAGCAACUGAAUGGAUACAGGAGACAAUUGCUUGUACACAGACCUCAUUGCUCAAAAAAGUCAAUGAAUCUCACCCACCUAGGACAGGAAGACAAGACCAAGACCCAGCAACCUUCUACAAACAGUGAAAGGCUUCCUACUAAUUAGACUUCAGAAGGUCUAGAAAUCAGCCUUUUCAAAUGUAUUACACUUCUUUGUACAAGAUUACCAUAUCAAUUACAGGGAGGCCUUUCCCAUCCCUCUUUCUGCAAACUUUUCCACUCCUGUGUUCACAAUAGGAUUUUUUUUGGUUCAGGAGUGAAACUGAAGAGAGCAAAAUACUCUCUUGGUAGAUAUUCUUGUGUAAUUUGACAUCAGCUGCAGAGUUUCAGUUUUAAUCUUUGUGCUGCUCAGUGUCUUGUGACCUAAACAAUUUUUUUCAUCUCUCUCUUAGAUUUCUCAUGGGUAAAAUGAUGUGAAAAACUUACUUUGAUCAGCUGUAUCCUAUAGCACAAGGUUAUCUGAUAUGUUGCAAACUUUUUUCUAUGAAACCAUGGUUUACUUCAGCUCAAGUAAUGGUGGUUGGUAUAUAGUUUUUACCAUUGUCCAGCACAAUUUGAGUUACUUUCUCUUAACCUCUAACUUAUACUGCAACUUUUUAGUGCUGUAGAGGUGUGCAACAAAUUGCUUUUGGUUCUUGAAGUUCAGCUGAAAUAUUCUCUUGAAACUUGCUUAUGAUGGCAUUUGGCUUAAGUGUGGUUCUAGUGACUGUUCUUCUAACUUACUGCAAAGUGGUCAAAUAGUAUAGAAAACAUGCAUGACUUUUUUUUAAUCACUUGUAUGUUUAUGCACAGCAUGAAACUUCAAUAAAAUAUUAUAGUAGUCUUUUUUUUAAAUGA